GUAGUACCGCUAUGCUUCCUCUCGCGAUAUUAGUUCGCACAAAGGUAAUGCAUUCUGGGUAGUACUUCCUUUCUCUCGAGGCCAUAGUUUGUGUUAGAAGCUGGUUGGUCACAAAGGACCGAACCGCAAACAUGGUGGCCGCAAAGAAAACGAAAAAGUCGCUGGAGUCGAUCAACUCCCGGCUCCAGCUGGUGAUGAAGAGCGGUAAAUACGUGCUGGGCUACAAGCAGGCACUGAAGAUGAUCAGACAGGGCAAAGCCAAGCUGAUUAUCCUGGCCAAUAACUGCCCUAAUCUGAGGAAAUCCGAAGUUGAGUACUACGCUAUGCUGGCCAAGACCGGUGUUCACCAUUACAGUGGGAAUAACAUUGAGCUUGGCACAGCCUGUGGUAGAUACUACAGAGUGUGCACCCUGGCCAUCAUUGACCCUGGCGAUUCCGACAUCAUCAGAAGCAUGCCAGACCAGCAGCAGGGCGAAAAGUGAAGUCUUUCUUUUUCUCCUCCCUCAAGUUGUUAUAAAUAAAUCAUUUGAAAAAAUGCCUGGG